CAGUGCAGUAACAUGGCCGAGUCAUUCAAUAAGUUGUUAUUGGGGAUACGUGGUAUGCCUGUGAACGCAAUCGUUGAAUUCACCUUCUACAGGCUUGUUGCGUGGUUCAAUGAAAGACACGCAAAAGCAGAAGCAUUGCUGGUUGCUGGGGAGAGAUGGGCUGAAAAACCAAAGAGACAUCUCAUCAUUGCAAAUGAAAGGGCUUCCACACAUGAGGUGCAAUGUUUUGAUCUCGGCUCAGGGACUUAUCAGGUGGAGCAUAGGGGCGGUACAACGUCCGACGGUGAGAUCCGAGAGUCGAGGAUACAUGUGGUAGUUCUCCGAGAUUUCAAGUGCACUUGUGGUAGGCCAAGGCAGUACCACUUCGUAUGUUCUCAUUUGGUGGCAGCAGCUAGGCAUCGCAAUUUUGAUAUCGAGAGCAUGAUACCACAUGAGUUCAGCGUAGACACCCUUGUGCGGACAUGGAGCCCCCGCUUCGUGCCUUUCCGGGAUCCUAGAGAGUGGCCUCCGUAUGAUGGGCCAAAAUAUGUUGCGGAUCCUGCAUACCGUUGGAACAAACGUGGAACAAGGAAGCGGACGAGGCAUAACAUGACUAUGGAUCAGGUAUCCGGAAGAACGAGGCGUGGUAGAGCAACACCAUUUCUUGCUGAUCCAGAACAGAACGAGUGCGGCAAGUGCGGUAGAUUGGGUCAUAAUUCACGCACUUGCCGUUGGCAAAUUAGUGAGGAUGGCGCACUUCCACCUUCUAGAUCAGGCGUACGACCAGACCCACCGAGGUCGUCUCAUAGCGGGAGGGCAGGUCCUUCCGCUCCUUCGUUCUAGAGCCCAUGAUGGGUUUUUGGCGCUGCAGUACGACGACCGCUACACUCCUUUACUACAG